AAAUCACAUCCGUCAUCCGCCAUUUGCGAAAGUAGCCGAUCGCUGCUCCGCAGCGCGAGUGUCGUACGUUCGAGUAUGUCGAGAGUGUAAUUUGUUAUUUUCAAUUAAACUGUGACUUCAGUGCGGGAUUUGAGCAGUUAAAAUGAUUGUGAGAUUUUUGAGCGUGCUGUGCCUGGGAGUUUUGGUGGCUUCGGCGCACAAUGCCGAAGGAAACAACGACAAUGAAGACGUACCAUACUUGGAGCUGGCGGAGCCGGACGAGGGCUACCACGGCCUGAUCCGGGAGAACGAGACCCUGGUGGAGGUGACCCCGGCGAUCCGCGCUCGGGGACCUCUGUGCUCGUUCCUCAUCCUGAACAACAAGCAUCACGGGGAGGCGCCGUUUGAGAUAAUGGUGAUCGACGAGAACGAGGCGCGUCUGCGCGUGCGCUUCCCGCUCAACUGCGAGAAGCGGCGGAACUACAAGUUCGACAUCGCCGCCGUGGGCUGUGACGGCUCCUACUCCAACACGGUCCCAGUCCACAUAACGGUGACAGACGUGAACGAAUUCGCGCCGGUCUUCCCCCAAUCGGCCUACGUCAAGUCCGUGGACGAGGGCCGCAUUUACGACGAGAUAGUCCGCGUCGAAGCGACUGACCGCGACUGUACGCCGCGGUAUGGUGACGUGUGCAAGUACGAGAUACUGACGGAUCGGAGCCAGCCCUUCGCUAUCGAUACUUACGGUGUGAUCCGUAACACAGAGCCGCUGGACUACGAGAAAUCACACAACCACAUCCUGUCUGUCGUCGCCUACGACUGCGGCAUGAUGCAGUCAGCUCCAGUUAUGGUCACCAUCAAGGUCAACAAGCCCUGCCGCGCGGGCUGGAAGGGAGUAGCGGAGCGCGUGGACUACGCGCCCGGGACGGGGCCGCUGGCGCUGUUCCCGGCCGCGCGCCUCGAGGCCUGCUCCUCCGACGAGCGCUGCCCCGGCGUCACGCGCAUCCAGGCCGCCGUCACCCUGCAGGCCUCCCGGGCCGGCUCGGGCUGCGACCGGGACACCUACGCUAUACACUCGCAGAGGACCAUUUGUGGUUUGGACCCCAAGACAGUGGACCUCCUGCCCAGUCCGGGCGCUGGCAACGAAUGGGCGAAGGCUCUCAAACCUGAUUCAGGUCGCGACGGCGAGCAGAUGUUCGAGUUCGACGGAUCAACGACGGCCGCAGCGGUGCCAUCUAGCGUGCUGCCAUCCUCAUUGGCCGGCAGUUUCUCCAUCUCCACGUGGAUGCGACACGCCCCGCCACCCGACCAUGACAAGCACAGGAAGGAGCAUGUGUUGUGUCUCGCUGAUGACCACAAAAUGAACCGCCACCACUACGCCCUGUUCGUCCGCAACUGCCGCCUCAUCCUGUUGUUGAGGCGAGACUUCGGCGACGGUGACCUCAACAUCUUCAGACCCGCCGAGUGGCGUUGGAAGAUCCCUGAGGUGUGCGACAACGAAUGGCAUCACUACGCCGUGAACGUUCGCUUCCCGAAUGUGGAACUUUUCGUCGAUGGAGAACCGUACCGCGCUGUUGACGGCAAAGGACCGGAGGUCAUCGAUGACUGGCCACUGCAUCCAGCCCAUGAAGUCAACACCACCCUCGUCGUUGGAGCCUGUUGGCAAGGAACGGAAGGUGACAUGAAACACCACUUGCACGGUUGGCUGGCCGGUCUGGGCGUGCUCGUGCACGACGUGCAGCCGCCGGCGGCGCUCAAGUGCGUCGCGCACUGCCGGGAGGGGCUCAGCUUGGCCCCUGAUCUAUACCUGAAGUCGGUGUCGGUGGAGGGCGACGGCGUGGCGGACGUGGAGACGCUGCUGCGGCGCGUCGCGUACGGCGACGCGCGCGCCUUCCCCACGCCCGGCCGCCGCAACGUGCACGUCGCCACCACCGUCACAUGCGACAACGGUCGUAUAAUCAAAGCGAAGCCCGCCGAGUCCUACAUCAUGGUGCUGCAGCCCCAAACCCCCAGCAUCCUCAUCAACGGAACUGAUGACGCUGCGAGGGACUACGCCCAUUUCCGUCAGGGUCUGAGGGUGUUCCCUGAAUUAAGUGUCAGGGUUUUAGCUGCGCAACGUGGAGCCUUGAGAGAUGCAGAGACACAGAAACUGGACUCGUGCGUGGUGUCGGUGUACCCGGCGCUGAACCCGGACCACGAGGCGCUGUCGCUGCGCUCCGCCUCGGAGCUGCCGCUGCGCUACGACAUCCGCGCCGCCGUCACGCGCGACGGCGUCAUCCUCACCGGCUCCGACUCUGUGCACAACUACCAGCAGGUCCUCCGUGAGAUCGAAUACAGCAAUAAGAAGCCCGCGUACUACUUGAACCGUGUCUUCAAGCUCACGUGCUCUGAGCUGGACGGCCGGUUCACCAGCAACGAAUAUGUUCAAACGCUGACUGUGGUGCAUCCUCACAUGAGCGGCGACGGGCUUGCACGUGAACUGCACCCCAGCGGCGUGGCCGACAAAAUGGAUGCCGUGGCCAGAGAUAAACAGCCUAUGCACUUGCACGGGCACUCGCUGCAGCCGCGCGUGUACGCGGCGCACGCGCAGCGCGACGCGCACGUGGCCGAGCUGCCGGCCGCGAGGCUGCUCGACACGCCCACCAGCGCUACCAACCACGUGGCCCUGCUGAUCGGCGUGAUCGCGUGCGGCGUGCUGGUGCUGGCGGGCGGUGUCGGGCUCGCGCGCGCGCGCGCGCCGCGCUCGCCUCGCCCGCGCGCGCCGCGCGACGAGAUGGCCUGGGACGACUCCGCGCUCACCAUCACGCUCAACCCCAUGGAUGAGCAGGCCGCAGCGGAGAUGGGCACGGCCGGCGCGGCCGAGCUGAGCUCGGACGGGGAGUCGUGCGACGACUCCGACUCGGACCGACACGACUCGUCGGACGAAGACGAGGAGGUGAUGUCCGGCAAACAGCACAAAUACAGAAACAUCAGCCAGCUGGAGUGGGACAACAGCACCAUGUAAUGCGCCCGCGCAUCUUGCAUCUCUUUCGCACGCGAGCCACGCCUCUAUCGCUAUCUCGCUCCGCAAACUGUCCGCAUUAGUUUUUACGUGUAACGGAAUGUGUUGUGUGAAGGUCGUUAAAUGGUUUUGUGAUAAUCGAUACACUAGCAUGUGGAUCUUUUAUUUUUAUUUUUGAAGUUUAGAAAUAAUUAUUUUGACUAGUUUUCGGGAUACUAGAAUAUCAAAUAUGACGAUCAAAUUAAUUUACACAAACGAGUAGAAAAUGUUGUAAUAAGAGCAGUAAAUAUCAACUGUAUUAGAAAAUAUAUGAAACUUGAUGAUUUAAAUUGUAAUUGUAAAGAAAGUAGAAAGUUUUCUUUUGUCUUACUGGCUUUGCAACAGAAGAUUUAAAUCGACUGAUUGGGCAAAAAUAGAAUAAUUGACUAAGACUAGUUAAAUUUGACGUCCCAAUCGGUAUACGAGUCAUUUAACUUAGGAAUGAUAAAACUAAUAAGUCGGAAACUAAAAAUAAUGCGAUUAAACUAAUGCAUGCUGUUUGCGAACCGUUUAUCUCUGUCCCACACUAGGACCGAUCCUAAUGUGCGACAGAGACGACACAGCGACCCGCAGUACAGAACGGAAUUGAUUUCUCGAGGUGUAGAAGCUUGGCACAAACCACGGCACAAUUUGUCAUUUAUAUUUUUAAUUUGUAGUUUAUUGUAAGUCUAAAAUUGAUCAUAUCAAGUUUAUACGUAAUGGGUUUCCGCAAACUAUUGUUGCCAAUAAGCGCGAGUGUACUUAACGUGUUUUGGAACGCGCCAGGCGGCCAUUUUGUUCCCGUCUCGGCGGCCAUUUUGUGUCCGCCACGUUGGCAGCGGCAGUUCGCUCCGCGCUUGCUUUGUAGAACAGAGUACUCUACUCUAGAACUCUUUUCUAAUCUUUUUUUAAAAAUAAGUGGAAACAACUGUAUGUACUAAAUAACAGUAGUCGUUGUAAUUUCGUAUGGAAUCAGUAUAGCUCGUAAUAUAGCUUGUAAGUGAUCAAAUACUAUGUAUAUUGAAUACUUAAGAGAUAUGUUGUAUGCUUCACUUUACACUUCAAGUAUAUUUUGCUAUGAUUUUUUUUAGUUUAAGACUCCCGGUACGGCGUUGCCUGUUUGCGUUGAGUUAUUUUUGGUUCAAAAUGCAUUUAACAUUUUAAUUUGAAGGUACAAAAGCUUCGUACAAUUCGUAGUUAAUGUCGUUCGACACAGAAAUGUCCAAAAAUACUUCUACCCUUUAUGAGCUUCUCAAAGAUCGGCUUAAAUGUAUAUUAGGCACAGAUAUUUUGAAAAAAAAAAAUAGA